UCAUAUUUCAUGAAUGGGUUGUUUCACUGUCACAUGUAGUUUAUAACUUAGCAAUUUGUAUUAAAGGAGUUAUGGUACAUUUUUUGAUAAAAAUUCCAUAAGUGUAUAUUGAGUUACUGGAAACUAGUUCAUAAUCCUAUUCUAAAUGCCCGAGCUCCCAAUUUUGUGGAAAAUUUAGGGAAGCCGCUAUAGUAAACAUUGGGGGAAAUGGCACCAAAACCCCGAUGUUUCCUCAAAAUUUCCCUUUAACCCUGGUAAAGGUCAUUUGACUUUGUGGGUUUUCCCAAAAUUUUCGAUAACUUGGGAGAUUGGAUGAUCUAGGUAGUAGUGAUUUUGUUGUUUGACAAGGUGGAAUUCGAGAUAAUAUUUAGUAUAUCUUCAGUCGAUACAUUCUCAUUUCUUCCAUUGAUGUACUGACCAGGUGGUAGAUAGACUCCUAAAUGUUAACAUUCAAGUGUCGUAUUUGUGUACAUAAGUACAUUCUCACUUGAUGAUUCCUGUGAAUUAAUUUUUCUAAUUAUCCGAUGAAUAAAUUGCGGUCACCAAAAUACCUAUCAUCUACUUCAGUUCCACGUGAUAUCCGUUUUUCAGUUAACAAUCUCGAACCAUCACGAAUGUUCUCCCUUUUGAUGACACAUUAUUUUAUUAAUAAUGGUAGAAUUUAUUGAUGCAGUGUAAGGAAGGAUCUUGGGCCGUACUACCUAAAUUUCCAAAUGAAAUCUGUAGAUGUUUCGGUUAAAUCUACUGCCGAACCAUUGCUUCCACCGAAUUUGGCUGGAUUUGUGUGUGGUGGCAUUUCUGGAACAGUUUCCCGAACAGUUACAGCACCUAUGGAUCGUUUAAAAGUCCUUAGGCAGAUGGAAAUUCCAGAAAUUGUAGGUAAAAACAUGGUUUCAAGCUUGCGUAUAAUGAUCAAAGAAGGUGGCAUUCUGUCAUUAUGGCGAGGCAAUGGGGUGAAUAUUUUAAAAAACUGUCCUGAAAGUGCUAUUCGCUUUGGUCUUCACGGGUGGCUUAAGUCAGUAAUUUUUCCUAAUGUAAAAGGACCACUACCUCCAGAAGAUCGUUUGUUGGUAGCUAGUUUGUCUGGUGCCACAUCGUUAACAAUAACUUAUCCAGUUGAGAUUCUAAAAACUCGAAUGGCUCUGCGUAGGUCACAUGAAGCCAAUUCCAUAUUUUCUGUAAUCCGAAAACUACAUAAUGAGGGUGGUUUCCGAGGAUUUUAUCGAGGCUACAAAAUCAGUAUGAUGAGUUACGUGCCAUAUUCUGGAAUGGAGUUAUGCCUUUAUGAGAUGCUUAAACAGCGUUAUGUAGAGUAUCAUUAUUUCCUCCAGCCUAACACAGAUCGUACAAUGAAGGUUCAUAUGCCAGCUAUGGUAACUGUUCCAUUGAUUUUAAUAUCUUGUUGCAUUCCAAUGAUGAUUACUUAUCCGGCCAAUUUACUUCGCACUCGAUAUCAAGCAUCACCAUCUCCGUCUGCUGCUCCUAUUAUCAAAUCUUUGUGUUCCAUUGUACAGAAGAAUGGGUUUAAAGGACUUUAUCGUGGGUUAAGUGCUAGUUUGUCAAAAACUGUUCCAUCUGUUUGUGUUACUUAUCUUGUUUUCGAAUUUACCUCUGAAUUGUUUGGUGUUCCUGGACUUGGUUGUAAGUAACAAAUUCGUAAAAUUUGGUGCUCAAUUUCUAGAGAAAUCAAUUAGAUGAAUUUAUCGUACAUCCAUAAAUUUGUAUCUUGAGUUUUUCUUACACAAGAAAAUUUUUCAGUUGCAUUUGAUUUCUUUUCCUUCGAUCAACUAAAACUUAGGACUGAUUCAUCUUGUUUUCGGUCAUGAUGUUGACAUAUUGAAAUGUCUUUCAGUAAGCCUUAAUCUAUUUUAGUCAAUGAAUACUGAUAAACGAUCAUUGUGUUUUAGCUGUAGUUUUUUGGAGCAUAGUUAAGCUGAUUUAUAUCAGGAGUAGUGUGAUUCUUUCUCCUCUUUCUUCAUUUUUCCUACACCCUUUACUCCUAAAUUUGUUCUUAGUUGUAUAUCAAUGAAUUCGCGGUAGUUACCAGUCAUUCUUAUUCUCGUGUGUCGAUAUUCACCGCAGAAGUUUCUUUCAUUUUUCUGAUAGCCUGUCGGUUUUUCUUCUCCUUUGUCACUUAAAGUGAACCAGUUGCCUCUGGUUACAUAAUUUUCCUUUCUUUUUCAGUUUUUUGUGUUUGUGUUGUCUAUUCAUUUAGUGGAUAUAAAAUAAUCAGUAUUCUUAUCAAACAUUGUAUCAGUAAAAAAUUUGUAUUUAGUUUUCUUUUCAAGAUUUUUACAACAAUAUUCAUAUUAGUAAUCAUAAAAAUACUUCUAUGUAUAUUGUUUGAAACAAAUGUGUAAAUAAAAUAACUACUUAGAUAUCUAAAA